UGCAAAUGUUGUACUGUGUCUCAGAGUAGCUAGUCUAUCCGGGAACGACGGCGGAACUAGGACUGGGCCAAGUAGUCUUAUUUCAGAGUGUGUAGUACGUACUGCAGAGCGUAUAUCGCCAUGACUUCGAUGAAACUGAUGAUGCAAAUUCUAUUUCACUGCGCAAACGUUAGAGCGGCAGCAACGGGAAAGCCCAACAUUGUCUUCAUUGUUGCGGAUGACUUGGGAUGGAAUGAUGUUAGUUUUCAUGGAUCAAAUCAGAUACCAACACCUGCAAUUGAUGAACUGGCAAAAGAUGGCGUAAUGUUGAACAAUUACUAUGUGCAACCAAUAUGCACUCCUACCAGAAGCUGUUUCAUGACAGGACGUUAUCCAAUUCACACAGGCAUGCAAUCUGGAGUAAUUAUGGGUCAAAAUCCAUAUGGUCUUGGUCUGGAUGAGAAGCUGUUGCCACAAUAUCUAAAACAGCUAGGAUAUGCGACACAUGGUAUAGGGAAGUGGCAUCUUGGAUUUUUUGAAGUUGAAUAUACACCAACAUAUCGAGGGUUUGACAGUUACUUCGGAUAUUGGACUGGCAAAGAAGAUUAUUAUACACACAUUGAUGAUGAAGGCCAUGGUUACAUUGGUUAUGAUUUACGCGAUAAUAUGGAAGUUGCUGAGAACUACAAUGGAAGUUACAAUACUGAACUGUUUACAAGAAAGGCUAUUGAUGUAAUAGCGAAGCAAGACCCAAAUCAACCAUUCUUUCUCUAUUUUGCCCAUGAAGCUGUACAUAGUGCAAACCCAUCAGACCCUCUACAGGCACCACAGCAUAUUAUCGAUCAGUUCAAGCACAUUGAAAAUAAACAGCGUCAAAUUUUUGCUGCUAUGGUGACUAGUCUUGACCAAUCUGUUCAAAACAUUACCAGUGCUCUAAAAAUACACAGGCUGUGGAAUAAUACUAUUGUAGUGUUUACAACUGACAAUGGUGGUCCAGCAUAUUUUGAUCUCAACAUUGCAAAUAAUUUACCACUGCGAGGACGCAAGGCGCAGUUGUGGGAGGGUGGAGUUCGUGGUUCCGCUUGUAUUUACUCACCACUGAUAGAAAAUAGACGUGUUUCCAUGGAUAUGAUGCAUGCCACAGACUGGUUGCCCACAUUUGUUCAUUUGGCUGGAGGUGAUGCUAAUGAAAUGAAGCAAAAAGACAAGGCUUUGGAUGGCUAUAAUGUGUGGGAGACAAUCUCUAAAGGCAUACCUUCUCCGAGGAAUGAAGUUCUUCAUAACAUUGUAGGAAAAGAAGGAGCACUUAGAGUUGGAGACUACAAACUGCUUGUUCACGUGCACAAUAGCUCAUGGUAUCCUCUUCCUACUGCCAGUAUUUCAAGCUCAGGAGAAGGCAUAGUCAGUUGCCAUCGCUCUGCUAAUGCCACAGAAUGUCACUCUGAAAUGUCUCCUUGUCUCUACAACAUUCAUUUAGAUCCUUGUGAAUACAACAAUGUGGCAGCUAUGAUGCCAUCAAAAGUGCAAGAAUUAAUGGAGAAGCUUAAAGACUACAAUGCUACUGCUGUUCCACCUCGCAACAAACCAGUAGAUCCACAGUCAAAUCCAAAACUGCAUAAUGGUGUGUGGUCGCCUUGGAGAACCAAUGGCACAAUAGACGUAGAGGCAUGAGUAACUAACUACUUGGUGCUAAGUGUAUUUGUUGGAUUUUGUUACUGCGUACUUUGCUAGACGUCAAGCUGAUAGAUAGUAGACAUACAGUUGUACAUGCAGUUGUGCAAAUACAUGUACUAAUGGCAACACCUCUAGAAAUUAAUUUAUUCA